CCUCGACCGCGACCCCCCUCAUUGUGAACACAAACCGACGCUGCAUUUCAUUUGUUUCCUUUCUCAGCAGGAGAGAGAAACACAUACAAAUACACACUGAUCUGCUCUUCCUCCACCCCACCACCACCACCAUUACCAUUUUCAAGAUUCAAAAAUGUCACCACCGACUCUCUCUCUCCUCUUCUUCCUCUUCCUCUUCCUCCUCCUCCUCCCUCUCUCCCUCGCGGAGAUCAAAACCCUAAAAAUCACCUCCGACUCCCGUCCCAUGAUCCUCUUUGAAAAAUUCGGAUUCACCCACACCGGGCAUGUCUCCGUCGCUGUCUCCUCCGUCUCCGUAACUUCCACCUCCAAUCUCUCUCCUCCCGACCCAUCUCGUCUAGGCUUCUUCCUCCUCUCUGAAGAAUCUCUCCUUCAAGUCCUCCUUGAGAUCCAACAAAACCCUUCUUUCUGCGUCCUUGAUUCUCAAUACACCACCCAUCUCUUCACUUUCCGUGAUCUCUCUCCUCCUCCUGUUUCCUCCUUCAAUCAAUCUUACCCCAUCACUAUUCCCAACGAAUACAGCCUCUUCUUCGCUAAUUGCAACCCUCAAAGCUCCGUUUCUAUGACCGUCACUACUCUUAUGUACAAUCUCGAGUUUAAUGGCGUCAAAGAUUAUCUCCCUGCUGGUCAAACACAACUCCCUACAUUGUAUUUCUUCUUCUCUGUUUUGUAUUGUGUCUUUCUCGCUUACUGGAUCGCUGCGUGUGUGCGCAAUAAGAAAUCUGUCCAUCGAAUUCAUUUACUCAUGGUUGGUCUUCUUGUUAUCAAGGCUGUUAACCUGAUUUGUGCUGCGGAAGAUAAGCACUAUGUUAAGGUUACUGGAUCUCCCCAUGGUUGGGAUGUGUUGUUUUAUUUGUUUCAGUUUCUAAGGGUUGUGCUUUUGUUUACUGUCAUUGUGUUGGUAGGGACUGGUUGGUCUUUUUUGAAGCCUUUUUUGCAGGAGAAAGAGAAGAAGGUGCUUAUGAUUGUUAUCCCACUUCAGGUUUUGGCUAAUAUAGCUUCCAUUGUGAUUGGGGAGACUGGCCCGUUUAUUAAGGAUUGGGUCACUUGGAAUCAGGUGUUUUUGUUGGUUGAUAUUAUCUGUUGUUGUGCUAUUAUUUUCCCCAUUGUGUGGUCGAUUCGAUCGUUGAGGGAGACGUCCAAGACGGAUGGGAAAGCUGCUAGGAAUUUAGCUAAAUUGACCCUGUUUAGGCAGUUUUAUAUUGUUGUUAUUGGGUAUUUGUAUUUCACUAGGAUUGUGGUGUUUGCGCUCAAGACUAUCUCUGCGUAUAAGUAUCAGUGGGUCAGCAAUGCAGCUGAGGAAAUUGCUAGUCUUGUGUUCUAUGCAAUCAUGUUUUAUAUGUUUAGGCCUGUUGAGAGGAAUGAGUAUUUUGCACUUGAUGAUGAUGAAGAAGAAGCUGCUGAGAUGGCUCUUCGGGAUGAAGAGUUUGAGCUUUAGAGAUUUCGUGAAUGUUCGUCAUUUGGAUGCCGUUUUUGACACUUGAGAAUUUGCUAAUAUGCUAACUGCUCUGAUGUUUUGUGCUCAAAACUCGUUAAAACAGGUCUGCAGUUGCUUCUACAUUCUAUGCUGGCUCCUUUCUUUUACUUUCAGAUUUUAAAAAUAUGAUUAGUGCUUGUAAUUUUUCUGGAACACAAUUUUAUGUUGCCUUGUGAUGUUGAUACAUUAUUACUAUAUACUUAACAGGCCAAUGCUAUAUUCAAUUUA